GCAUGAUGGAGCCGGCUCCGUGCCGGCUGCUCUCCCACCUCCUCCAGCCUGGCCGGGGCCCUUCCUACAUGGCAGAGCUCACCCGAUCCCAGGCGGGUUACCAGCGCUGCCAGAUCAGGUUCCCAGGCCUGGGGAUCGCCUUACGGCCGUGCCGGGAGCCAGCACCCAUCUAUAAUUCAGCAGUGCCGGCAGCGGGAUGCGGCGGGCGGGCAGGCACGGCAGGCAGGCCCAGGAGGGCAGCCCCAUGGAGAACGGCGUGCGGCAGGAGCCAGGGACCCCCGAGCCACCCGCUGCCGAGGGCAUCCCGGCCCCCCGCCCCCCCCGUGCCCGCCCCAGGCUGGUGUUUCACACGCAGCUGGCCCACGGCAGCCCCACAGGGCGCAUCGAGGGCUUCACCAACGUCAAGGAGCUCUACGCCAAAAUCGCUGAGGUCUUCAGCAUCUCGCCCACUGAGAUCCUCUUUUGCACGCUCAACACGCACAAAGUAGACAUGCAAAAGCUGCUGGGGGGACAGAUCGGCCUGGAGGACUUCAUCUUUGCCCACGUCCGGGGUGAGACGAAGGAGGUGGAGGUGACCAAGACGGAGGAUGCACUUGGCCUCACCAUCACGGACAACGGGGCCGGCUAUGCUUUCAUCAAGAGAAUCAAGGAGGGGAGCAUCAUCAACCGCAUCCAGACUGUAUGCGUGGGUGACAGCAUCGAGGCCAUCAAUGACCACACCAUCGUGGGCUGCCGGCACUACGAGGUGGCCCGGAUGCUGCGGGAGCUGCCCCGGGCUCAGCCCUUCACCCUCCGCCUGGUGCAGCCCAAAAAGGCCUUUGACAUGAUCGGGCAGAGGACACGGAGCAGCAAGUCCCCGGGCGAGGGCAGAGUGGCCAGCGGGAAGGAAACGCUGCGGCUGCGGGCGCAGGGCCCUGCCACGCUGGAGGAGGGGCUCAGCCCCUUCGAGGAAGAAGCCGCCAGCCGAGUGGAUGAUCUGCUGGAGAGCUACAUGGGCAUCCGCGACAGCGAGCUGGCCUCAACGAUGGUGGAGGUGGCGAAGGGGAGCCCCAACGUGGCCCAGCUCGCCCGCGGCUUGGACUCGGUGCUGGGCGAGUUUGCCUUCCCCCAGGAGUUUGUGGCCGAGGUGUGGGCAGCCGUCUGCCACCCCCAAGGGGGGGCAGGAGUAGCUGGGGGGUGGCGGCACCUCUCGCCCGUGUCCCCCUCCCCAUGUCCCCACCCCAUCUGGGGCUAACGGUGCUGGUGGGGGUCCCCAUCCUCCCUCCCACUGCCUCCUGAGCUGCACCCAGGUGUGUCCCCUGGGUUGGGGGGGGGACAGCAGGGUACGCAGCCCACCCCCAUCCCCAAGGACCCCCCCCCCCCGCGCACCCUCAAAACG